GUGAAUUUCAUAUCCUCGUGUGCGAGUACACUGUGCGAAAGUUGGACAGUGAAUUUCACAAUUUCUUCCUUAGUGCCAGUGCUCCUGAAAGUACUGCUUUUCCUAGCUACUCGCUCUUUCCAACUAGUGAUUGAGUUUCCAAGAAAGGUUUAGGACUAGUAGUUUUGUAACAUCGUUAUAUAUUACGACAACGACAUCUUGACGAACAGGAUUCACGUCAAAUGAUCCUAUGAAGAAUCUCUCAAAAACCGAAACCGUUGACCCUCGAAUUUCGCAAUUUCUUCCUAGGCGUUUUCGCUGAGCAAGACCCUUUGGGGAAUUCCAUUUCUAAGUGGGUUGGGCGAUGGCUUCCCCUAUCAUCGAGUAUGUUGCUGUGACUCGUCAGGCGAUAGCAUCGUUUCAUCGGAGCGGUGUGAGGAAGAUUUGUUCUCUCCAACAUUCCUAGUACGUCUGUUUCGCAUCCUUCGCUCUCUCUCUCUUCACAGGAUCGAUAGGAACAGUGAAAACGAGGAGUUGCUUCGUCACCGAAAUUAGGACGGAAAGAGGGGUCUUCUACUCGUGGACGAGUGUUUCUGCUACUUAUCUUCCCGAGAAUGACAACUCUUACAAACGAAAGAAAUUACAUCUGAUGAUCUAGCAAAUAGAAAAACAAACAGACCACACACCUUGCUAUUACAUUUACUCUUCAGAGAACCUAGUAACAAUGUGACGACCACGCUCGUGCUUUCAUUUGCUUAGUACUAGUAGCAAUGAAUAGGAGGCUCUUAUUGUGCCUGGUAUACUUACCCGAUAAAAAAACGUCGAAAAUAUGAAGGACAAAGACAGAAGUCUGUUGCUGUGGAUGAGGAAGAGCAAGAUAUAGUUGUAAUAUGUCUGCAUUCUCAACAAUGCUGGUCUUAAUGAUUUGUCCUUCUUGCAGCUCUGCACACUCAGACUCUAGUUUAUUGAUUCAUGCUUUCACACCUAUAAUUGCUAUUCUCACGAAAGAUUAUUUACCAUACCUAGUAUUCAUCUUCCUGCUUUUGAAGAUCAAGAUGCAACCCUUCCUUCCCUCUUGCCAAUGCAGCUCCUCUCAGAAUUACAACCAGUACCUCCGUCAUGUAUCAAUAAUGUUUCAUGUAGCCCCCCCCUCAAAAACGCAAUAUAUCUCCUCCCUCCCGCGGGUAUCGAUACCAUGAACCGUCACGACUUAAUAGUUCGAAAGCAGCAAUAGAUGUUGAUCAUGUUCAU